AUCCAUAACAUCUCAUAUCUUUACAAUAUCUCUAUCUUUUCAAGUAUUUAUUUUCUUCGUCCAGAUGACGUUGCGUGACGCAACGCCAUCAAACAUGGCUGACAAAGAAAACAGAAGUAUGGAUGUCGAUAAGAGAAAGAAUAAACCUUAUGGUAGUCUAGUCAAGCCGUUAGCUGACGAAGUUACCCAAAGAAAAGACAACCGGGGCAGCACUGAAGGCGAGAAGGACGCCGAAGAAAGCCGUGCCACGACACAAUACUGCGAGAAACUACAGGCAUGGAUGUGGCAGUACUACAGUGGGUAUGUGAACUGGCAAAGCUGGCUAGCAGCGUCAGCCAUGUCCUACCCUUACUGUUUACAGCCACCUAACGGGACUUCGACCGUUCUUGAUAUCAACUCCCAGCACUGGCAUAACAAUCCGUUUGGUCUUCCGUUGUCUCCUUACCCACCCGCGGCUGGCUCCUCGAGCGGCCGUGCAGGCGAAGCCAUCGUCGGGGCAGCAGUACCCGCACAGCCGCAGCAGCAGGCGAGGGAGAAUGGAAAUGCACCGAGACCAGGCCGAGAGUACAGUAUUCCCUCUCCUCUCCAAAGACUAAUGGCUGAGAUGGUGGAUUUCUUCAUAUUGUUUUUCAUCAAAGCAACUAUAAUCAUCAGUAUUAUGCACCUUAGUGGAAUCAAAGAUGUUUCCAAGUUUGCCAUGCAUUUUAUAGUGGAGGAAAUCGAUGAAGACACAUCGAUGGAGGAGCUGCAGAAAAUGAUGCUUGUUGCUCUUGUGUAUCGGAUAUUAGUUUGUUUUUAUGAGAUCAUAUGCAUUUGGGGAGCAGGAGGAGCCACUCCUGGAAAGUUUCUCAUUGGACUCAGAGUCGUGACAUGUGACUCUUCGGUUCUGGUUCAGCCUAACAGGGUUCUUGUCGUGCCAGCAACUAAUGUCUCUCUUUCGGCAUCGACUGUUCGAGCCCUGAAUAAGAACUUUUCCAUUGCCUUCUUCUUCCCAGCCUUCAUCACGCUUCUGUUCUUCCAGCACAACAGGACUGUGUAUGAUAUGGUAGCUGGUACAAUUGUUGUCAAGCGAUCCAGGGCCAGAUGAUGCUGCACAGAAGAAUGGCCCCACAAUAACUCUGAACAGGCACUGAGUGACAAUUUGUUUUCUUUUUAAAAAUAUAAUGUCGACUGAACUCAGACACCUCCCUUUCAAGGUAUUGUCAGAGCACAAGAGAAUCGAGAUGGUUGCACUGAGUUUGAGACACGCCAAUAUGAACUGUUUCAAUUUGGAUUUGUUCUGUUGCUGACACACACACUGUAUUUCUGCAUGUAUGUCUACAUGCUGCUUUCGGAAUCAGGUCCUGUGCAAGGAAAAAAAUGAUGGUAUCUACUAACUUUUUAUUGACAGAAGGUUUGCUUCCUUUUUAAAAUUGUAUUUCAGGAUUAAGGGUGACUGUCUUGUAUAACUCAGUAUUUCAAAUUUCAGUAGGCAAGGAAACCAGAGAAGACAGGAUUUUAUUUAAAAGAACAGCCAGAAUAUGAAUAUUAAAGAGCCCUCUUCUUGCACCUUUUUUUCUGUUUAACCACUUCCCACUUUUUAAAAUAAUAUUUAAAAUCAUAAUAAUUAUAAUAUAUAAUAACAUUUUGCACUGCUCACAUGAUUCGGUAUGAAAGGCAACAAGUCCUUUAAUUAAUCAAUCACUUUGUCAUUUGUUCUUACUUAAAAUGAUCUCUAACGCAUGUGAACAUUUCCCCUUCUAAGGAGGAGCAGAGUCUAGGAGAAAGAUGUGUAGUUGGCAUUAACAUACGCAGCUGUUGACAGUGACACGAGUGUGAGUCAGAUCACCUAAUUUUGCUUUGAAUCAUUUACUUUUCAAUUGCAGUUUGACAAGGCAGAUGGGGAGUGCUAAAUUGUUAAACAAGUGCUCAUGUCAUUUUUCCAAGCGUUUAUUUUCUGGUCAUUUCCUGGGGAUGUGAGUUGUGAUUGGCUGAGGUCUACUGGGGCAAAUUUUAUUUAUUUAUUUUUUUUAAAAAGCUUGAAGACAGACCUGGGAGAAGGUGCAAGACUCUAGUUUCCUUUCCAUCUGCUUGAGUUAUUAUGCAGUUUUUUCUAAAAACAUUUUGCCUGCAACAGAUUUAAGUUGCUAAUCCUGCAUUAAUGAGAUUACGCCAUCAAGUAUGUCUUUGUAUUAAAUACUUACCCUCAGACCUGUAUGCUCAGACUUUAAAUUUUUGAACAUUGCUCACAGUGGGAAUCAUUAAUGAUAACGUGUGAUUAUUAUUGCUUUGUGAUAGCUGAUUGCAGUAUUAUCAUUAGCACUAAAAUUUGGGAGAAAUGAAAGCAGAGGAGUAACAAAUGGAAAAACACCACAUGGAUGGAUAGAUGAUACCACAACAGGCAAAAUGCCCUAUGAUCUGUGCAAAGGUGAUUGAAGCUGCCGUGGAAUCAUAACCCAUUAAGAUCUUAUGAUGAUCCCUUCUAAUUGGCCUAAUUUAAUAACAGAUGGCAUUAUCAAGUGUUUACACAUUUAAUUAUGAGAGCUUAUAGAGGAAAUGUACUGUGACAAUUUCUGCUAUAAAAAAUGCAUUAAUGGACAUUUUCUACUCCAGUUUCCUUGAUCAAAGACACUGUUAAGCAUUUUCUUCUGUGUGCUAAAGUACCAAAAAUGCCUGCUAGAUGUGCUGUGAUGAAAUCUACUGUGUAACUUGAUGACAAUCUGUAAAUGGGCCGACUUCAGUCGUGAGAGGAUUACACUGUGUAAAAAUGGCA